CCCCCCUGGCCCCCCCGGACCUCCAUCACAGGAAGCAGGAGGAAAUUCUGUUACGCAUUACCUCCCAGGACCACCGGUACCCAGCUCCUCAUAAUCAAUGAGAAAAAUUGACAAUGAUGACCUACUUUGACUGAUGCCCUUGACUCCUUCACGGAUAAUAGGCCACUGACGAAUGUCCUCAAUCUCACUGUGUUAACAAAUCUAUGAUUAUCACUGGAUGGGUGGAUUGAUGGAUGGAUGGAUGGAUGGAUGAAUGAAUGGAUGGAUGAAAGGAAAGUAGGCCUACCUCUUUACUAAAGGUGUUUGUGUCUGUCCUUCAGGGUCAGAGAGGAGAGACAGGAGACAGAGGAGAGAAAGUGAGUGUUUUACUAUUUUUCAACUCCAACGUUCAUGUACAUGCAAUGACAUUACAGUAUGGUAAACCAAUACUGACCUGACUUGUGUUUUGAUUGCCACUAUAAGUAACAUUGAUGUAAUUUUUGUUUGCAGGGUUUUUGCAUUCCAUAUCUAAAUGGGGUCAAGGGUGAACAAGGCACACCAGGACCAAGGGUGAGUGACGAUGAUCACUUCAAUUUCAUUUAAUAUUGCUUUUAUUGAAGAAAAACUCAAACAUUAUUUACUUUCCUGGUAGAAUUGAAUUUCUGUGUCUUGGAUUUCAGGGAAAAGAUGGCAAAGAUGGAGACAAUGGAUUUAAGGUAUAGAAUCAUACAUGUCUACACCUAGCCUACUUCCUCUCUUUCUCUCUCUCACAUUCCCACUGUCUCUCAUCCACCACCUUCUUCUACUCUCUGCUCCUCUCCUCUCUCUCCCCUUCUCCUCUAUCUCUCUCUCUCUCUUCCCUCUCCCUCUCUUCUCUCUCUCUCUCGUUUUCUUUUCGUCUCUCUCUCUCUCACUCUCUCUCUCCUCUAGUAGUUUUAUCGCAAUAGUUCAAUUGUGUUCGAUGUCUUUGUCCUGAUCAUGGUGAUGUGCCUGUUGUCAUACAGGGAGAGAGAGGCUUUCCUGGUGGCCCUGGAUACCAUGGAACACCGGUAACUACAUAAACAUGUAUACCUGUCAUCUGCUUUUAUUUAUAGCAGUGAUGAGGCUAAUGAAAUGGAUGUCUCUCUGUGUUUUAGGGUGAAAAGGGAGAGAGAGGCCCUCCGGCACAUGUAAGUACUCUAUACUCUCUCUCUCUCUCUCUCUCUCGGUAGUCUUGCUUAUUGCUCUCAGCAUCUCAUAUAGUGAACAUUCAGAUGCAAUUAUGUUCUUUGCCACCAGAUGCCGCCAUAAACUCUUUAAAAUGAGAAUAACAUGCUCAUACUAUUAAUGAAAAGUGUAGUCAUUUAUUCGUUUUCUAUGCAGGGGGAUGACAUUUGAUGAACUUGCAAUUUCUGUGAUUUUAGGGUGAUGGUGCUCCUGGCGCUCCCGGACCCCCUGGUCUCCCAGGCUUACAAGGAGAAAGAGGUACAGUACACCCCCCACCCCUUUAUAAAACUACACCUGUUUAGUUCAUCAUUUGAUUAGCAUCCAAAGAAGAAGCCUUUCUAAGGGUUUAUGUAGGCCUCCUAGACCAACUCUGAACAUGUUCCUUUAUCUGACAGGUUUCCCUGGUAUUCAAGGAGCUCUAGGCCCACCAGGUAAGAGAAGAAACAUCAGUAAUCAGUGACCCAUUCUUUGACACUAGGUCAUAUUUUAUCAUGUCCUCUCUGUCAUGUAUUUCUUUAGUUGGCGUCCCCAUAUCUCACUGUGUGCCUCUGUGGUGUAUUUUAGGCAGGCACAUUGAGGGACCCCCCGGAGAGAAGGGCGGGCCAGGAGAGGUCGGUCAGAAGGGAGACAGAGGUGCAGAAGGGGAGUCUCUCAGAGGAAAGCCUGGACAAGAUGGGCUUGUCGGACUCCCUGGUCCUCCCGGACCCCCUGGUAGGUGUAGUUACACAUUCAUAGUGUGACCUUUGACAUUUGUCAUUGUGGAGUCAUUUAGCUGAUUAUACGUUUAGCAAUGGAGUCUUUUAGGUGACUCAGUGUUGGCUUUCUCUCACCUGUGUGUGUGUGUGUUGCGCUAUGUGUAUAGGGGAUGAGCCAUGUGAUCCGGCCCUUGAGAAGGGAACACCUGGGCCCCCUGGCCCACCUGGACUACAGGGGGAGUUGGGACAGAAAGGUACGGAGGGGAGGGAGUGUUGGGACAAUCUCUCUAUCAGUCUCUAAUGUUCUGUCCAAUCACACUGUACUGUACGUUUAGCUAAGUCUGUAGUCAGUGCAUGCAUAUUGUAUGCUCUCUCUCCUCCUUUCUCUCUCCCUCUCUCUUUUAUCACCACGAAACUCUGUAGUGCUCACAUACUGAUCACAUACAUUACGUAACAUUGUACUAUCACAUAUUACAAUAUAUUACUCCAUUCCAUAUAGUGCAGCUCAGAUUCACUUCAAGGCAUCCAUUGUAUCCCAUGCUGUCACCUACUUGUUUGUCUGAUAUUAACUUGUAUUGUGAUGUACCUCCAGGUGAUCAGGGAGACACGUGUGUGCAGUGCGAAGCCUUCGGCCCCCCUGGACUCCCUGGCCCCCAGGGGCCUAAAGGACAGCAAGGUGAGCUGACAAGAGAUACCCCCACACUACUGACUGAAUCAUAGGUUGGGAUACACACAUGCAACUGAAACCUUUGUGUCAAUUAAUGAUUGGCAUUAAAAUUGUGUUCCACAUCUUCAGCCUGUAUCUCAGGUUAGGAUCCUGACCCUAGGGCCUAUAUUAAUCCGCCUCCACACUAUUUCCUUUGAGAUGGUGUUUUUGUGUUUACUGAGAGGUGUUGUUCGUCCCCUGCAGGUUAUCCUGGAGCGGCAGGCAGUAAAGGAGACAAUGGCCUGCCUGGACCUGCUGGGCCUGAUGGAAGCCCUGUGAGUUAUCUUCAUCACAUCAUCACUCACUCUUCUAAUAGAACCUGAUGAAGACCAUUAUGGUGGACAUGUUGCACCACUAUAGCUCCAUGAAGACCAUUAUGGUGGACAUGUUGCACCACUAUAGCUCCAUGAAGACCAUUAUGGUGGACAUGUUGCAUCACUAUAGCUCCAUGAAGACCAUUAUGGUGGACAUGUUGCACCACUAUAGCUCCAUGAAGACCAUUAUGGUGGACAUGUUGCAUCACUAUAGCUCCAUGAAGACCAUUAUGGUGGACAUGUUGCAUCACUAUAGCUCCUUGAAGACCAUUAUGGUGGACAUGUUGCACCACUAUAGCUACAUGAAGACCAUUAUGGUGGACAUGUUGCAUCACUAUAGCUACAUGAAGACCAUUAUGGUGGACAUGUUGCACCACUAUAGCUCCAUGAAGACCAUUAUGGUGGACAUGUUGCACCACUAUAGCUCCAUGAAGACCAUUAUGGUGGACAUGUUGCAUCACUAUAGCUCCUUGAAGACCAUUAUGGUGGAUUUGUUUAUUUUUUAUUUCACUUUUAAUAAACCAGGUAAGCCAGUUGAGAACAAGUUCUCAUUUACAACUGCGACCUGGCCAAGAUAAAGCAAAGUAGUUUGAUAAAAACAACAACAGAGAGUUACAUAUGGGUAAAAAAAAACAUAAAGUCAAAAAAUACAACAGAAAAUAUAUAUACAGUGUGUGCGAAUGUAGUAAACUAUGGAGGUAAGGCAAUAAAUAGGCCAUAGUGCAAAAUAGUUACAAUUUCGUAUUAACACUGGAAUAAUAGAUGUGCAAAAGAUGAUGUGCAAAUAGAGAUACUGGGGUGCAAAUUAGCAAAAUAAAUAACAAUAUGGGGAUGAGGUAGUUGGAUGGGCUGAUUACAGAUGGGCUGUGUACAGGUGCAGUGAUCGGUAAGCUGCUCUGACAACUGACGCCUAAAGUUAGUGAGGGAGAUAAGAGUCUCCAGCUUCAGAGAUUUUUCCAGUCAUUGGCAGCAGAGAACUGGAAGGAAUGGUGGCCAAAGGAGGUGUUGGCUUUGGGGAUGACCAGUGAGAUAUACCUGCUGGCGCAGCAGACGGUGGGGUGUGGUGCCUGGUAGAUACAACGGGAUUGCUAGCAUGAAGAGGGACUGGAGCCAGGGUUUGCAACGAAUAUGAGUGGAGGUGCAGUCACAAAGAAAGUAUGUGGUAGAUAGGGGCCAUUAGGGACAAAGGUGCAACUGUGGUAGAUAAUGCCUUUGGGACUAAAGGAGGUGGCACUUGUAAUAACAUCCAUUGACGUAAGGAUGUGGAUGUAGUUUUAAGGCAUGUGAGUCAAGCAGUAGGAGUAGGUUUUUCGAAGGGCAAUUUUGGAUUGGAAUGCUAAGUUGUAAUAGGGCAUGGACAAAACGGAUUUGCAUUGGAUAACUCAAAUUGGGCUGGAGAGAGUGUUGAGGCUAUUUGUAAAUGACAUCGCUGAAGUCAAGGAUCAGUAGGAUAGUCAGUUUUACGAGGGCAUGUUUGGCAGCAUGAGUGCAGGAGGCUUUGUUGCGAAAUAGGAAGCGAACUAACUUUUGAUUGGAAAUGCUUAAUGUGAGUCUGGAAGGAGAGUUUAUGGUCUAACCAGACACCUAGGUAUUUGUAGUUGUCCACAUACUCUAGGUCAGACCCACCGAGAGUAGUGAUUCUAGUCGGGUGGGCGGGUGCAAGCAGCGUUCGGUUGAAGAGCAUGCAUUUAGUUUUACUAGUGUUUAAGAGCAGUUGGAGGCUACGGAAGGAGUGUUGUAUGGCGUUGAAGUUCGUUUGGAGGUUUGUUAACACAGUGUCCAAUGAAGGGCCAGAUGUAUACAAAAUGGUGUCGUCCGCAUAGAGGUGGAUCCGAGCGUCACCAGCAGCAAGAGCAACAUCAUUGAUAUACACAGUGAAUAGAGUCGGCCCGAGAAAUGAACCUUGUAGCACCCCCAUAGAGACUGCCAGAGGUCCAGACAACAGGCCCUCCGAUUUGACACAUUGAACUCUAUCUGAGAAGUAGUUGGUGAACCAGGCGAGGCAGUCAUUUGAGAAACCAAGGCUAUUUAGUCUGCCAAUAAGAAUGCAGUGGUUGACAGAGUCGAAAGCCUUGGCCAGGUCGAUGAGGACGGCUGCGCAGUACUGUCUUUUAUCGAUCGCCGUUAUAAUAUUGUUUAGGACCUUGAGCGUGGCUGAGGUGCACCCAUGACCAGCUCGGAAACCGGAUUGCAUAGCGGAGAAGGUACGGUGGGAUUCGAAAUGGUCGGUGAUCUGUUUGUUAACUUAGCUUUCAAAAACUUUCAAAAGGCAGGGCAGGAUGGCUAUAGGUCUGUAACAGUUUGGAUCUAGAGUGUCACCCCCUUUGAAGAUACGUUGCAUCACUAUAGCUCCAUGAAGACCAUUAUGGUGGACAUGUUGCAUCACUAUAGCUCCAUGAAGACCAUUAUGGUGGACAUGUUGCAUCACUAUAGCUCCAUGAAGACCAUUAUGGUGGACAUGUUGCACCACUAUAGCUCCAUGAAGACCAUUAUGGUGGACAUGUUGCAUCACUAUAGCUCCAUGAAGACCAUUAUGGUGGACAUGUUGCAUCACUGGCCAUCCACAUGUCAUUACUAUGUACUGUAUGUUUGUCCAGUAGUUUUCUUCCAAUGAAAGAGAUUGUCGAUUGACCCUGCUAUUUCUUCUUCUCUCCCCAGGGUAAUUCAGGUGCUCCUGGGUUGAUAGGUGCUCCAGGAGCACAUGGUGAGCCUGGGGACAUCUACCUGGCUCCAGGGCUGAAGGGGGACAAAGGUCUUCCUGGUUUCGUUGGCACACGAGGUCUGCCUGGUGUGGACGGACUGCCAGGGAAAGCUGGACUACCAGGCCUGCCUGGACCCAAAGGAGAACCUGUAUGUGUGUGUGUGUUUGUGGUGUGUGUGUGUGUGUGUGUGUGUGUGUGUGUGUGUGUGUGUGUGUGUGUGUGUGUGCAUGCGUGCAUGUCAGCGAUCACUUUAAGGCUCUUAACACCUGUGUUCAGACAGUGCUACAGUCAGUCAUCCCUCUCUAUCUCUGAUCUCUUCUUGCAGGCCAGAGACGGCAUCAAGGGGGACCGUGGUCUGGAUGGGGACCCUGGUUUCACUGGACCCCCAGGAGAGAGGGGUCCUCCUGGGGUGCCAGGGUUCGGCCGGCCGGGGGAGCCUGGUGAGAAGGGUACAUCUGGCCAACAAGGCAGACCUGGAAUCCCUGGACAGCCAGGUGUGUACAGGCUACAGCUAUAGACACACACAGACGUCCACGAUACAAACACACUCAAAAGAACACACACACGUUACGUAAAAGGAGCCUACAUGAUGAUGUGCACCUGCUCUCUCUCUGCCUCUCAGGAGUGAAAGGUGAACCAGGUAAAGGUGUGAGCUCACCUGGACCCCAGGGCUCCCCUGGACCUCGAGGAGAAUCUGGCAUACCUGGACUGCAAGGUAAGGGUCAGCUUAUUGGUAUUGAUCUGGCAUACCUAGACUACAAGGUGAGGGUCAGCUGAUUGGUAUUGAUCUGGCAUACUUGGACUACAAGGUGAGGGUCAGCUUAUUGGUAUUGAUCUGGCAUACCUGGACUACAAGGUGAGGAUCCGUUUAUUAGUAUUGAUCUGGUAUACUUGGACUGCAAGGUAAGGGUCAGCUUAUUGGUAUUGAUCUGGCAUACCUGGACUACAAGGUGAGGAUCUGUUUAUUUGUAUUGAUCUGGCAUACCUGGACUACAAGGUGAGGGUCAGCUGAUUGGUAUUGAUCUGGCAUACUUGGACUACAAGGUGAGGGUCAGCUUAUUGGUAUUGAUCUGGCAUACCUGGACUACAAGGUGAGGGUCAGCUUAUUAUUAUUGAUCUGGUAUACCUGGACUACAAGGUGAGGGUCAGCUUAUUGGUAUUGAUCUGGUUUAUGGUAGGCUAUGGUCCUGCAUGGUCCUGCAUAGUGCAUCAUGUACCAUCUUCUCCAUCCUGACCCCAGGUGACAGAGGACUUCAGGGAGACCCUGGAAUGCCAGGAUUCCCCGGACAGAAAGGUGACGCAGGUGUCCCCGGCAUUGGAUUCCCAGGAUUACCCGGGCCUAAAGGAUACUCUGGAGCUCCAGGAGCCCCUGGGUUGCCAGGAGAGCCUGGGAGAUCUGGACAGGAUGGUUUCUCUGGAAAACCAGGCACACCUGGUCCAAAGGUGUGUGUUUCUGUUUCUGUGUUUCUGGUUCACUUUCUGUUGUUUCAAACUCCAUCAAUCAAACAAUCAACCAAUCUUCUUCUGCCCUCUCUAGGGUGAGCCAGGUCGGGGUCUACCUGGUCCUAAAGGUGCUCAGGGCCCUACCGGAGAGACAGGUUUCCCUGGAGAUAAAGGCAACUUUGGUCCAACUGGUAUUCCUGGACAACAGGGACACACAGGACCACCUGGAGUUCAGGGAAUUAAAGGUGACCCCGGCCCCCCUGGUCAGCAUGGUGGCACUGGACCCCCUGGACCCCCUGGAGCAGGAGAACCUGGGGCCCCUGGACCAAUGGGACCCCCUGGAGAGCCAGGCUCCUUCGGUCAUGACGGGGUGAAAGGAGAUAAGGGCUUCCCUGGCUCUCCUGGUCUGGACAUGCCCGGCCCCCAGGGAGAGAAGGGAGACUCAGGAUUCCCUGGACUGUCUGGAUCAAAAGGGUUGCCAGGAAGACCUGGCCCGGUUGGCAGAGACGGAUUCCCCGGAGAGCCAGGUGAGCCAGAUCUCAUAAGAUUGGAGGAGGUCUGAUGUAACUGGAAGGAAAUGAAUGCUCAUUGACUGGACUGGUCUGGGUUAAUUUUUGUUGAAUUGAAUGAGAAUUUUGUGAAUUUGAUAACCUUCAAUAUUUUGUGAUGUAUAAAUAUCCAAUAUUUUCCUAUUCUAUUUAUUUGUUGAUGUGUGUUUGUUCCCCAGGCCUCAAGGGAGCGAUGGGAGUCAUGGGAAUGCCUGGAACACCAGGAUAUCAGGGUUCUGCUGGGAACCCUGGAACUCCUGGACAGAGAGGUGGGUAGAGUAGAACUGCUGCCUUUGCACUGCUGCCGCUGUACUACCAGACCACCCAUCAGUGUGUUUUACACAACUAUACUAUAGCAUCUCAAACCACUCAUCUCUUCUCUCUCUCAGGCAACCCUGGUGUCUCUGGACCUAAGGGGGAGUUCGGUGAGCCUGGACCCAAAGGAGAGAGGGGAGAGCCGGGUCUGCAGGGUCGUCCUGGCAACAUGACUGACGUGGACAUGGAGCACAUGAAGGGAGAGAAAGGAGACAGCGGAGACCCAGGUAUACAACAUGAACAUGCCCCAUCCUACUGCACUGUAUCCUACACUCUUAGAAAAAAGGGUUCCAAAUGGGUUCUUCAGCUGUUCCCAUAGGAGAACCCUUUUUGGUUCCAGGUAUAACUUUUUUGGGUUCCAUGUAGAACCCUCUGUGGAAAGGGUUCUACAUGGAACCAAAAGGGUUCUACCUGGAACCAAAUAGGGUUCUUCAAAGAGUUAUCCUAUGGGGACAGCCGAAUAACCCUUUUAGGUUCUAGAUAGCACCUCUUUUAAGAGUGUACACCCUACUGUACUGUGUCCUAGACCCUACUGCACUGUGUCCUAAACCCUACUGCACUGUGUCCUAGACCCUACUGCACUGUAUCCUAAACCCUACUGCACUGUGUCCUAGACCCUACUGCACUGUGUCCUAGACCCUACUGCACUGUAUCCUAGACCCUACUGCACUGUGUCCUAAACCCUACUGCACUGUGUCCUAGACCCUACUGCACUGUGUCCUAAACCCUACUGCACUGUGUCCUAAACCCUACUGCACUGUGUCCUAAACCCUACUGCACUGUGUCCUAGACCCUACUGCACUGUAUCCAACAUCCCACACCCUAUUGCACUGUAUCCUACAACCUACUGUACUGUAUCCUACACCCUACAGCACUGUAUCCUACAACCUACUUUACUGUAUCCUACACCUACACCCUAUUGCACUGUAUCCUACAACCUACUGUACUGUAUCCUACACCCUACUGCACUGUAUCCUACAUCCUACUUUACUGUAUCCUACACCUACAUCCUAUUGCACUGUAUCCUACAUCCUACUGCACUGUAUCCUACAUCCUACAUUCUACUGCACUGCAUCCGACAUCUUAGUGCACUGUGGUCCUCUGUAGGUCAGCUGGUAGAGCACGGCGCUUGUAACGCCAAGGUAGUGGGUUCGAUCCCCGGGACCACCCAUACACAAAAAAAAAAUAUAUAUAUAUAUAAUGUAUGCACGCAUGACUGUAAGUCGCUUUGGAUAAAAGCGUGUGCUAAAUGGCAUAUUAUUAUAUUAUUACAUCCUACUUCACUGUAUCCUUUAUCUUACUGCACUGUAUCCUACAUCCUACUGCGCUGUAUGUCUAUGUCAGAUGGUCUGUUUCAAACAGGAACUGUGAAUCGUUUAGGUACGCUAAAUCCCACUUUUUCCCAUUAGGUGACCCUGGACACACUGGAGAGAAGGGUUAUCCAGGACAGGCCGGAGUACCUGGUAUGCCAGGAAAGCAUGGAGAGCCCGGUACUCCUGGUCAGCCGGGUUAGUCACCUGUGUAGGCUUCGCCACACCCCUCUAUUUAUUGUAAAUGUCCCACACAUAGAAAGGAAUUAGAGUAAUUGAAUAGGAUCUCAAUGGUUACAAACCUGUAUACUACCCAGUAUGUAUUGGUCAUGUAUGUAUUGGUCUUGCACAAUAUAUGAUAUGCUAGUGGGUAGUAUUUGGGACAGUCAAUGUGAUGAUAAAAUUACACCCUCCUUAAAGGUUAUGAAUAUUGUUUCUCAGGUGAGAAAGGAGACACAGGUGUUCCUGGAGAGCCCGGCAGUACUGGGUAUCCUGGAAACAAAGGAAGCAUUGGAGAAAUGGGAUACCCAGGUAAGAAAACAACACACAAUCCACUCACUGAGAGGAACAGACAUCAUCCUUUAAAUCGAACAUCCGCUGUGGUGCGGUUCUGGUUAGACUGGUUCUAACUGGAUUCUCGUGUAUGGUUCUACAGGUUCUGUGGGUCCGAAGGGUGCUAAAGGCGUUGUGGGCACAACGGGUCACCCAGGGUUUCGGGGUACAGAGGGGGUGAAAGGAGACAAGGGAACAGCCGGUUUGCCAGGUGUCGGAGUGCCAGGACCCCCUGGAGAGAAGGUAAGUCAGAUCCACUUUUAGUCUCCCAGAGAGCUGGCUCCAUUAAAGUUUCACACAACCAAGGUUUGUUGUUUGUGUCUUCAUGGAUGGUGCUAGCUAACUUCAGUAUAUCAUUUUUUUCAUUGCAAUUACACCACUAACUGUCUCUCUUUUUCAAUCAAUACACUGUAUCUACCAUUUCCCCCUCAUUUUCCCCCCUCUCUCUCUCCCUCCAUCCCUCUCUUUUUCUCUCACUCUCAGGGUCAGUCGGGUCUGCCUGGUUUCCCUGGUAACGCAGGAGAGAAGGGUCAGAAGGGGGGAAUGGGAGUCCCCGGGAUGCCAGGAACACCAGGAACCAAGGGAGACACCGGUUACAUUGGUCACCCAGGUGAGGGUCCGGUCUCCACGAUGACAACUGCCCCUACUUUGACCUGACUGAUUGAUUUAUUGAAUUUGGGGUUUAAAAAGACAAUACAAGACUAGAAUACAUGUUGGCCCAGGGAAUAACACUUGAAAGCAUUAUUUCCUAUAUUGACCAGGUAUUCUCAAUCAUCUCACAAACCCAGGGACAUGUAUUUUUGCUUGGCAACCUCUAGUAAUAAUAAUAUGCCAUUUAGCAGAUGCUUUUUUCCAAAGCGACUUACAGUCAUGUGUGCAUAAAUUUUUUACGUAUGGUUGGUCCCGGGGAUCGAACCCACUACCCUGGCGUUACAAGCGCCAUGCUCCACCAAUUGAGCUACAGAGGACCACAAAAGUCUAACCGAAGGUGUGUGCUGUGUUGUGCAGGUCAGCCGGGUCGGCCAGGAGAGAAGGGUGUCGGUGGGCUGCCUGGGUCAACAGGAGAGCCAGGUCAAACAGGUCGACCAGGUAAGGAACGCAUGGAGCACAGUAACAAUGCCCCAGGUGCCAUUGGUUUCUGUUAAUGCAGUAUGACAGCUAGUCAGGAAGCUUGGACUAAUUUCCCAAGUGUACAUACUGUAGCUACUGUACCACAGCGGGUCAAGACACACACUCAGGUAACCCUAUUGUAUCCCAGGUGAGCCUGGUCUGCAGGGUCCCCCAGGUCCGACUGGAGAGAAAGGAGAGUCAGGAGUGGACGGCAUUCCUGGAUCAUCAGGAGACAGAGGAGACCAAGGUGAGUGACCUCUCCUGACCUUUAACAUACAGUCAGGUAUGUUAAUCAGCCUAUAAACCACUUGUAAACCACAUGCUUUUAUGAUCUGUGUUAUAUUUCUAUUAUUAGCCCAACUCUUGACCAUGUCUCAAAAUCAACUCAUGCACUGUGCAUCUAAACAGCUAACAAACAGCAGAGGCAGACCUUAAGAGUUCAGCAGGUGACGUUUUUCCAUCAGUUGCCUGGAGUUUGAUUAACUCCGUUCUCUGUGUUUGUGUCUAUGUCCCUCCUAUAGGUUUACCCGGCAGGGGCUUCCCAGGAAUACCGGGGUCGUCUGGGGUUAAAGGUGAUAAGGGCAGUCCAGGUUUCCCAGGUUCCCCAGGUAUCCCGGGUAUCCCAGGGACCAGGGGAGAGAAGGGUACGCCAGGCUUCCAGGGCUCCCAGGGCCAGCCAGGAGAACAGGGUCACCAAGGACCUGCCAUGGAGGGGCCCAAAGGAGACCAAGGAGUGCCAGGAAAGCCCGGAGAACCAGGUACUGUAUACUGCACACCUGAGUCCUGCUUGAUUGUACAUUUUGAAUCAUAUAAUCCACUGGUUCUCAUUCUCCUUCCUUUAUCCUCAUCUUCUCAUCCCCCUCUAUCCCUCUCUCCCUCCAUCCUCCUCUUCUUCUCCUCCUCUCAACAGGUACCAGUGGUGUACCAGGUCCUGCUGGUGUUCCCGGCAGCGCGGCGGGGAAGGGAGACAAGGGAGAUCAGGGUGGACCAGGAGUACAGGGCGAGCAGGGCUUAAAGGGAGAAAGAGGAUACUCUGGACUUCCUGUAGGUCACUUCCGGUUGCUCCCUGACUGACCCAUGUGUGAUGUCAUGACAGUCUAGUCUGUUUAUCAUGACACGUGACUAGUAUCCACCAUCUGACUUGUGUAUGUGUGUGUAUAUGUGUGUGUGUGUGUGUAUAUGUGUGUGUGUGUGUAUAUGUGUGUGUGUUACAGGGGCAAUCAGGCCUUCCAGGUGUUGAUGGACUGAAGGGAGAGAUGGGACUGCAGGGUGUGCCUGGUUUCCCAGGUGAGUGGUGCAGAUAAUUUAGACAGUGUACAAAGUGUCCUUUUAUCUCAUUACCAGAGGAGGCUGGUGGGUGGAGUUAUAGGAGGACAGGCUCAUUGUAAUGGCUGGAAUGGAAUAAAUGGGAUGGUAUCAUACCAGUGGCAGCCUCUAAUUGGCUGAAUACCUGUAGGGGGGGGGGGGGGGGGGGUAUAUAAAGCGUUCUGUGCAUUUGAACAACAGCAUAAAUACACCUAUUUCACUUUUGUGUGUCAAAAACUGAAUGACCACUGCUGCACAUGCUGCCACUGUUUUGAACAGAUUAGAUUAUACUAUUUAGAAUGAGCAGCCAGCUCACGAAUGAACGAGUGCAACAGGGACAACACAACAAGCAUGCAGAUUUAAUAAGUGAAAACAAAUUAUCUAACUGGGGAUAGCUAGCUAACAUAAUGUCACAAAGCAUGAUGCGCUAGCCAGUUAAUUUUCAUUCUGAAAUUACUUCAUAUUUCAGAGUUAGACAGAUAUUAGUUUAGCAUGGGAGCUAACUAGCUAGCAAUCUACCAGCUAGAUAUAGCUAGCUAGCUGCUUAUCUAAGGUAGACAACUGGUUAAUUUGACCCAAAAAGUUACCAAACUUAUUCUCAAAAUUACUGUAGCUGGCUAAUUAUGACAAAGAUGCCGCCGGGGGAGAUGGCUGCCAUUUUACGACCCCCAAACCAAUUGUGCUAUUAUGUGUGUUUUUCGCGUUAUUUGUAAUUUAUUCUGUACAUAAUGUUUCUGCCACCGUCUAUUAUGACCAAAAAUAGCUUUUGGAUAUCAGGACAGUGAUACUGACCUCGUAUUGGACAAAGAUUUUUUCUUCAACGAGUCGGAUGCGAAGGAUAUUCUACAGACACCGACAACGCCCAAAUCCCGGUCAUUCGAAUGAGAAAGAGACAGAGAUAUCGUGGACGUAGGUCGGGGUGCCUUGUAAGGAUCCUACGGCGAGCAAGUAAUCUGCCUCUUCCAUCAGUCCUAUUAGCCAACGUACAAUCAUUGAAAAACAAAAUGGACGACCUACGAUCACAGAUAUCCUACCAACGGGACAUUAAAAACUGUAAUAUCUUAUGUUCCACCGAGUCAUGGCUGAACGACGACAUGGAUAACAUACAGCUGGCGGGAUAUAUGAUACAUCGGCAGGAUAGAACGUCUGACUCCGGUUAGACAAGUGGUGGAGGUCUGUGUAUAUUUGUAAACAACAGCUGGUGCACGAAAUCUAAUAUUAAGGAAGUAUCAAAGUUUUGCUCACCUGAGGUAGAGUAUCUCAUGAUAAGCUGUAGACCAUACUAUUUACCAAGAGAAUUUUCAUCUAUAUUUUUCAUAGCUGUCUAUUUACCACCACAAACCGAUGCUGGCACGAAGACUGCACUCAAUGAGCUGUAUAAGGCCAUAAGCAAACAGGAAAACACUCAUCCAGAGGCAGCGCUCCUAGUGGCCGGCGACUUUAAUACAGGGAAACUUAAAUCCGUUCUACCUAAUUUCUACCAGCAUGUUAAAUGUGCAACCACCUUUACUCCACACACAGAGACGCAUACAAAGCUCUCCCUCGCCCUCCAUUUGGCAAAUCUGACCAUAAUUAUAUCCUCCUGAUUCCUGCUUAUAAGCAAAAACUCAAGCAGGACGCACCAGUGACUCGGUUAAUAAGGAAGUGGUCAGAUGACGCAGAUGCUAAGCUAAAGGGCUGUUUUGCUAGCAUAGACUGGAAUAUGUUCCGGGAUUCUUCCGAUGGCAUUGAGGGGUACACCACAUCAGUGACUGGCUUCAUCAAUAAGUGCAUCGAUGAUGUCAUCCCCACAGUGACCGUACGUACAUACCCCAGCCAGAAGCCAUGGAUUACAGGCAACAACCGCACAGAGCUAAAAGGUAGAGCUGCCGCUUUCAAGGAGCGGGACUCUAACCGGGACGCUUAUAAGAAAUCCUGCUAUGCCCUCCGACAAACCAUCAAACAGGCAAAGAGUCAAUACAGGACUAAGAUCGAAUCGUACUACACCGGCUCCGACACUCGCCGGAUGUGGCAGGGCUUGCAAACUAUUAGAGACUACAAAGGGUAGCACAGCAGCUAGCUGCUCAGUGACACGAGCCUACCAGACGAGCUAAAUCCCUUCUAUGCUUGAUUUGAGGCAAGCAACACUGAAGCAUGCAUGAGAGCAUCCGCUGUUCCAGAUGACUAUGUGAUCACGCUCUCCGUAGCCGAUGUGAGUAAGACUUUUAAGCAGGUCAACAUUCACAAGGCCGCAGGGCCAGACGGAUUACCAGGACGCGUACUCUGAGCAUGCACUGACCAACUGGCAAGUGUCUUCACUGACAUGUCCCUGACUGAGUCUGUAAUACAAACAUGUUUCAAGCAGAACACCAUAGUCCCUGUGCCCAAGAACACUAAGAUAACCUGCCUAAAUGACUACCGACCCGUAGCACUCACGUCUAUAGCCAUGAAGUGCUUGAAAGGGUGGUCAUGGCUCACCUAAACACCAUUAUCCCAGAAACCCUAGACCCAUUCCAAUUUGUAUACCGCCCCAAAAGAUCCACAGAUGAUGCCAUAUCUAUUGCACUUCACAAUGUCCUUUCCCACCUGGACAAGAGGAACACCUAUGUGAGAAUGCUAUUCAUUGACUACAGCUCAGCGUUCAACACCAUAGUGCCCUCAAAGCUCAUCACUAAGCUAAGGACACUGGGACUAAACACCUCCCUCUGCAACUGGAUUCUGGACUUCCUGACGGGCUGCCCCCAGGUGGUAAGGGUAGGUAACAACACAUCUGCCACGCUGAUCCUCAACACUGGGGCCCCUCAGGGGUGCGUGCUCAGUCACCUUCUGUACUCCCUGUUCAACCAUGACUGCAUGGCCAGGCACGACUCCAACACCAGCAUUAAGUUUGCCGACGACACAACAGUGGUUGGCCUGAUCACCAAUAACGAUGAGACCUGGCCGUGUGGUGCCAGGAUAACAACCUCUCCCUCAACGUGAUCAAGACAAAGGAGAUGAUUGUGGACUACAGGAAAAUAGGACUGAGCACACCCCCAUUCUCAUCGACGGGGCUGCAGUGGAACAGGUUGAGAGCUUCAAGUUCCUUGUUGUCCACAUCACCAACAAACUAUCAUGGUCCAAACACACCAAGACAGUUGUGAAGAGGGCACGACAAAGCCAAUUCCACCUCAGGAGACUGAAAAGAUUUGGCAUGGGUCCUCAGAUCCUCAAAAAGUUAUACAGCUGCACCAUUGAGAGCAUCCUGACUGGUUGCAUCACUGCCUGGUAUGGCAACUGCUCAGCCUCCGACCGCAAUAUCAGGAAUUGUGAAACACUGAGUUUAAAUGUAUUUGUCUGAGGUGUAUGUAUACUUCCGACUUCAACUGUACAUAUUACCUCAAUUACAUUAAAAAAAAAACAUUUUUACAUUUACACAAUUACAUUCAACACAAUUACCUUGACUAACCUGUGCCCCUGCACAUUGACUCUGUACCGGUACCCCCUGUAUAUAACCUCCCUACUGUUAUUUUAUUUUACUGCUGCUCUUUAAUUAUUUGUUAUUUUUUACUUAUCUAUUUUCUACUGAACACUUAUUUUUCUUAAAACUGCAUUGUUGGUUAAGGGCUUGUAAUUAAGCUUUUCACUGUAAGGUAAACCUGUUGUAUUCGGCGCAUGUGGCAAAUCAAAUGUGAUUUGAUUUGAUUUGAAUGCUUUGUGAUACACCCGGUCUUAUGCUGUUUUAGUGUACACAACAUGUCACCUACAGUAGAACCUAAUGAACACCAUUGGGGGAAACAAUAAAAUUGGCCAGCCACCGUCAUGCAGACCCAGAAGUUCUGACUGAGUGCACAUUUGACCACCCCAGGACAGUCCAUUUACUUUGUGCUGUUAUAAUUUAUGUUAUGAAAUCCUGCGAUUUCAUUGGGGAAGUUCCCCCUCAUAGCAAAUAGCUGGCCUAUGUGCCCCCGGAGCUGCUGCUGCUGGCAGUCACUGAGGGGCAGUAGUAACUGAACAGCUUGUUCUUAACAAAAUAUUUUUGAAACAAGAAAAUGUACACAUUUACUGCACUUUUAUGAGCAUUUAAAACAUAAUCACAUUUGGGGGGACCAAUCACAAGUGGGCGCCGCCCCUAAUGCCCCUAGGGCAGGCCGCCACUGUAUCAAACACAUCAAACAUAUGGAAGCCACAUGUUUUCUUCCAUUCUAGCCAUUACAAUGAACCUGUCCUCCUAUAGCUUCCCCACCAGCCUCCUCUGCUUCUUACAAUGUGUGCAUGUGACUGUUGAUCUAUGUGGUUCGGAUGGUUUCAUCAGGUGGAUAAAUCCAAAAGUUCCUCUCUUCUUCAGGGACAAAGGGUGAAUUGGGAGUGUUUGGAUUGAAAGGAGAGCUGGGAGAAAGAGGAUUCCCAGGAACCAAAGGUGAGUGGAGAGACACCACAUUAAACCAAACAGCCAUUAAACCAAAUCACUGUGAGCUUCAUAGCAUCAAACACCUACUGACCUGUAUAUUCUGAAUAUGUGCCAUGUAGCAGACACUUUUACCCAAAUAUGAAUAAUAAUAGGAUUCGGUAAUUAUCUGAAUGGCCUUUCCUUGUUCCAGGUAAUGAUGGCCCCCCUGGUCCUCCUGGCCCCUACACCUUCAUCAAGGGAGACAACGGCUUCCCAGGUAAUCAGGGCCCUCAGGGGCCUGUGGGGCCCUCAGGUUUCCCUGGGCUGAAAGGACAGCAAGGUGAGAGUUCAAACCAUCCUAUCUACAAUGAGCCAAUAUAUUAUGACCAAACAUCAGCACCGAUCACCCCAUAAUAUAUAAUAUUACACCCCCCUCUUCCAUCCUUCCAUCCAUCCAUCCAUUCUCUCUCUCUCUCUCUCUCUUUCUCUCUUCAUCUCUCUCCUCUCUCGCGCUCUGUCUCCCAGGUAUGACAGGUAUUCAGGGUAUUAAAGGUGACGAGGGGAACCCUGGGUUUAAUGGUCUCCCCGGAGCCAAGGGAGAACCAGGCCUGCUUGGUCCCUCAGGUGAGAGACACACCCCCUUUGUCCAGUUAAUAGCCACACUGAAAAGGAUACUGCAAUGCAUGUAGAAUAGAAUAGUAUCUGAUGUACUAUUUUUAUCUGGCUGGGCACUAAUGUUCCAUUUGACCAUGACCUUCAUCUUUGACCUUUGACUCUUCUCCCUAUAGGACCGAGAGGGUAUUCCGGACCCCCAGGACCUGACGGUGUUCCGGGUCAGGUGGGCCCUCCCGGCCCCUCCUCCAUGGAUCACGGUUUCCUGGUAACCAGGCACAGCCAAUCGGUGGAGGUUCCACAGUGUCCUGAGGGAACAUCGUUGAUCUAUGAUGGAUACUCCCUACUCUACAUCCAGGGCAACGAGCGUUCCCACGGACAGGACCUGGGUAAGAGAGAGAGGGAGAGAGAGAGAGAGGGGGAUAGAGAGAGAGCUAGGAAUAGAGGUAGAUGUUGUAUCUAUCUUGUGAUUCAGAUCAGCAUCACACAUAACUACUUGUGUGUAUCUCUGGCUGUGUGUAGGUACGGCUGGUAGCUGUCUGAGGAAGUUCAGUCCCAUGCCCUUCCUCUUCUGUAACAUCAACAACGUCUGUUACUUUGCUUCCCGUAAUGACUACUCCUAUUGGCUUACCUCACCUGAGCCCAUGCCAAUGAACAUGGACCCUAUCACCGGCCAGAGCAUCAGGCCAUUCAUCAGCAGGUAGCUGGGUGUGUGUGUGGGGCAGGGGGGCAUUAGGCCCUUUGAUAUUGAUUAUAGCACUAUACACUGAGUGUACAAAACAUUAGGAUUUUUUUUUACGACACACCAGGUGAAUCCAGGUGAAAGCUAUGAACCCUUAUUGAUGUCACUUGUUAAAUCCACUUCAAUCAGUGUGGAUGAAGGGGAGGAGACAGGUUAAAGAAGGAUUUCUAAGCCUUGAGACAAUUGAGACAUGGAUUGUGUAUGUGUGCCAUUCAGAGGGUGAAUGGGCAAGACAAAAGAUGUAAGUGCCUUUGAACGAGGUAUGGUACUAGGUGCCAGGCGCAGUGGCUUGAGUGUGUCAAGAACUGCAAUGCUGCUGGGUUUUUCACGCACAAUAGUUUCCCGUGUGUAUCAAGAAUGGUCCACCACCUAAAGGACAUCCAGCCAACUUGACGCAACUGUGGGAAGCAUUGACGUCAACAUGGGCCAGCAUCCCUGUGGAACGCUUUCGACACCAUGUAGAGUCCACGCCCUGACGAAUUGAGGCUGUUCUGAGGACAAAAGCGGGUGCAACUCAAUAUUAGGAAGGUGUUCCUAAUGUUUUGUACACAGUGUAUGUUUGUGCACUCACCCAGGAUAUAUGUGUGUGGGUAUGUUUGUAGGUGUAUGUUUGUGUUGUGUACAUGCAUGUGAGUGUGUGUGCAUGGAUAGUAUGUGUAUUGACCUCUGUCUAUGCCAACAGGUGUUCUGUGUGUGAGGCUCCUGCCAUGGUGAUAGCAGUACACAGUCAGAACAUCAUGAUCCCAUCAUGCCCCAAUGGCUGGGACUCUCUCUGGAUUGGCUACUCCUUCGUCAUGGUGAGAGAGACAAAACUCAUAUUACAAGGCCAUGCCUGCUGUAUCAGUACUUACUUUGAUACUUAAAAAUCUCUCUCUCUCUCUCUCUCUCUCUCUCUCUCUCUCUCUCUCUCUCUCUCUCUCUCUCUCUCUCUCUCCUCUUUGUCCCUCUCCAUUCUUCUCUCUGUGUAGCACACCAGUGCAGGUGCUGAGGGCUCUGGCCAGGCCCUGGCCUCUCCUGGUUCCUGUCUAGAAGAGUUCCGGAGCGCUCCCUUCAUCGAGUGUCACGGCCGUGGAACCUGCAACUACUACGCCAACUCCUACAGCUUCUGGCUGGCUGCCAUCGAGGACAAGGAGAUGUUUACGUAAGCCAAGAACAACUUUCUCUCCCUCUCCCUCUCUCUCUCUCUCUCUCUCUAUCUCUCUCUCUCCCCCUAUAUAUUUCCCUCUCUGGCCACCAGAACUAUGACUUGAUUGAUUGAUUUUGAUUGAUGUCGUCUCAUAUCUCGUUCCAGUAAACCCGUGCCCACCACGCUAAAGGCAGGAAGUCUCCGGACUCACAUUAGCCGUUGCCAGGUGUGCAUGAAGAGGACAUAGGCCCCGCCGCUGACCUCUCUGUGAUCCUUGACCACCACCCCACAACCCCUGACCCCACCCAUCUGUCCGUGGUGUGGCUUGACUUCUUGUUAUUGACCAAAGGAUGGUGCUAUUUCACUGUGUGUGAGAGGAGAGGGACAGAGAUACACAGACACACACACUCUGUGAAACAGAACAACAAAAACGCCCAGAGAUCGCAGAGAGAACAGAUCACACACACAAACACACACCGGAGACCAAGCCAUAACACCAACCGGCCCUUCGCUUCAUCAUGCAGAACACUUUACUAACA